AAAAAAACAUCCAAAUAGCCUCCAGACUCCAGAGUACGGUAUUUAAAAAUGAUAUGAAGCUAUCACCAAUAGCGCAAGCAUGGGUAAUAUGAGAGUUCAGAACUUCAGAAAGUCAUACAGUCAGUGUUGUCCAAGCCGGCGCUGAGGUCGGUUGUAGCGCAUCGUAUUUGCUAAGUGCCCUCCUGCGUCUUGUAGAUAAUGCUCAUUUUCACAAGAUCUUUGUUUCUGAAAAGCUCAAACUGCUUGGAAAUAAUGAUGAACUCAAGAAGAGCAAUGUGUUCUCUAGCUGGGCUUCAUGGCAGAAAACUUCAAGAGCCUUGGUUGAUGAAAAAUCUGGCUUUUAUUAAUGGCAAAUUUGUUGGUGCCAAGUCUGGAAAAACUUUUGAAGUAGACAAUCCAGCCAGUGGAAAGAUUAUUGGUGAAGUGCCUGCCAUGGAUGCUUCUGACACCAAGGAAGCCAUUGCUGCUGCUCAUGCUGCCUUCGCCACCUGGAAGAACACUACUGCAAAGGAACGAAGCAAGCUGUUGAGGCGGUGGUUCACGCUGCUGGAGGAGCACAAGGAAGACCUUGCCAUCAUCCUAACUGCUGAGGCAGGCAAGCCUCUUGCAGAGUCUCGUGGGGAAGUGGCAUAUGGAAGUUCGUUCCUUGAAUUCUUUGCAGAGGAGGCUACAAGAAUACAUGGUGAAGUUUUGCAGCCAGCCUUGCCUAACCGAGAAAUGUUAUUAAUCCGUCAACCUGUGGGAGUGGCUGGACUCAUCACUCCUUGGAACUUCCCGAAUGCUAUGAUCACGCGUAAGGCGGGGGCGGCCCUGGCAGCAGGCUGCACGUGUGUCGUGAAGCCUGCUGAAGACACGCCCUUCUCAGCCCUCGCUCUCGCUGCCCUUGCCGACAAGGCAGGCAUUCCUCCAGGAGUGUUCAAUGUCAUCACAUCCCUCAAGUCUGAUGCUGCAGCCGUGGGCAAUUUGCUCUGCACCAGCCCACUUGUGGCCGCCAUCUCCUUCACUGUCUCAUGGCCGCCAUCUCCUUCACUGGUGAGUCUCAUGGCCGCCAUAAGCGUGAACGGUGGAGCAACCGUCCUGCUUGGCGGCGCACCGCACACUGCGGGUGCGCUCUUCUACCAGCCCACGCUGCUCACUGACGUCACGCCUGACAUGCCAUGCGUCGCCACCGAGAUAUUCGGACCUGUUGUUGCUAUCUCCAAGUUUGAGACUGAAGAAGAAGCUCUCAGGAUCGCCAACGACUGCAAGUCUGGCCUGGCAGGAUACUUUAUUUCCCAAGACGUGUCCCAGGUUUGGCGCGUGGCGAGGCAGCUGGAGGUGGGCAUGGUGGGCAUCAACGAAGGCCUGAUCUCUGCCGCAGAGGCCGCAUUUGGUGGCAUCAAGGAGUCUGGUCUUGGCAGAGAGGGCUCGAGUCACGGCAUCGACGACUACACAGAGAUCAAGUAUCUCUGCAUUGGCAACACGCAUCUCUGAACACAUGCUAGGUUACUCGCCGCUAGAUAAAUUCCCACUAGCUGGUGUAGCGAAUACAUGGCUAGUGUCGCACUAGUUAGUGUAGCGACUACGUGACUAGUGAUACACUAGUUAGUGUACAUGGCUAGUGGUGCAGUAGUAAGUGUCGCAAAUACAUGACUAGUGACGCACUAGUUAGUGCCACGAAAACAUGGCUAAAUGGCUAAUGGCGCACAAGUUCGUGUAUUGUAAUGACUCCAUUCAUGCGAGUGAUGAACGAUCAAUCCGGCUCGGUGCUAAAUACAGAAGAUUUUGCUUACGAAUCAAUAAAACGAUGAUUUUGUUCAAAUUUAAGUGUGUCGGUAUUAGCAUUUAUUCACUUUUUAUUAGGUCAUGACGACAGCCUUGAUCGUGAAGUAUUCAUCAAUACCAGUGUCCUCACUUUAAAGUAUUCUUCAAUACCCGUGUCAAAACUUUAAUGAGUGCUGUAGUGUGACGGUAUUGUAAACUUUUCUGUAUUUUCAAUUUACUUCUACAAUUUAUUAAUUAACUACCUUGGAGUUGAAUUUGAAGACUUAUUUUUUGCGUUAAAUCGAAGUAAUUAAAUCUACCGUUUUUAAUUCUUUUACCAUAUUUCAUACUUGUGUUCAGAUUUCACUUAUCAAUAUCAUGUAUUGAUUACGACGUCACUAUCCGUAUCUUCUUAUAUCGAAUAAACUCAAAUAUUGACUCGUUUUCACCUCAAACCAUCUUCUUAGUCACGAUUUUCGAGUCUAUUGUUAUGCAUUAAAACGAACGACUCGCUCUAUUAUUUAAGGAGCUUACAUUAUUUCUCUCGUGUUCAUGGAACAUAUUGCAGUGAAUAUAUGCUACUUGCUGUAAACUUAAAUCCCCUGGCAGCUGAAUUUUGAACUUUGAGUCCCUGUAUCCUGCCUACCACAUCCCUGUAUCCUGCCUACCGCAUCCCUGUAUCCUGACCAUAUUUGUCAGAAUUGCUGCCCGUUUUUAGGGUCAAUUUAUGAAUGACAAUCGCAGAAUAUUCUUAAUGAUUGAACUCCUCGACUUUUAUGAUAUUUUUACGAGUAAAUCCAUAUUUUUUUGAAUAUUUGAGGUUAUUUGUAAGUGACAAAUACGUUGAGCCAAAUUUAUGGUAGAAAUCAGAAAACACUUCAUCUGUUAAUUAUUUUCCGUAUCUAUAGCCUUUAAAUUUUUAAUUCUAUCUCAAAACUAAGUUAGUAAAGCUAAAUUAGUGCGUUUGUUUGGUAGUUCUUCCUUGUAUUAAUCAGGUGUACAGUAUACUGUUAUCGCUUGAAAUAUUUUUAUUUAAAUAGUUUUAAUGUUGAGUUCAGUUGUUGAACUGUUGCAGUAAAAAUAAUGUUAAUGUGGAGCUACUGAAGAUAUUUGUUAUGAUGUUUCAUUUUGUUUACAUGUCGAGACCAUCACGAUUCAGUUGAAUGUUAUAAGUUGCUCUUCACAUUCAUUAUCAAUGGUCAAAAAUACAAUUUUUUCUUUGGAUUAUCCUCUUAAUGGUUCAAAAUGGAACAAUAACAAUGUUCCCAUGAUUUUCCAUCUAUCACUUUAUUUCUUUGAUUGUUAAACGUCUUUAAAAUAAUGAACUACGUUUCCUGUUGUUUUUAUAAUGAUAAAGUUUAUUGGGGUGAGUGACAAGUUAUUGAAUAUGUGAAUGAAUGUUCACUGUUGUUGAUGCGUGGGUGUGUUAUGUGGCAUUCCGUGGCAUUCCUUGAGGCGAUUGCGUUGUUUGUCAUCGACUUCCUUUUGUCGUUGUAAAUCUUAAUUAUUUUUGCCAGUUAAGCGUAGUUACCUAAUGUUUGUUACUGAAUCUUUUUUAUCCAUGAUUUUGUAAUAAAUGUUAAUUAUCUAAGGUCAGUUAAUGAUUCUUAAUUAUAUAAGGUUUGUUACUGUACUCGUGCAAUAUUUCGGUUAUUGAGGUCUGUCAGUUUAAAUAACAAUAUCAGAAGUUAAUGUUGGUUACUGCCUUCUUAUUCUGAGCCAAGUUAAGGGAGAUCUCGCUCUUCAGUUGCUGCCUUCACCACAUCAUGACAUUGUUCGAAUUAAUUAAGUAUAUUGUUACCAACUC